AUGGAAGACGACGUUGCGGGGAGUGCCAGGCACCGGCCCUUAGUGGACAACGGAUUUCCCUCCUACGUCACCCGCACCUACACUUCACUAACGCUGCUCCCGGAACAUCUUCCACCUCACGGCCGCUCCCCCGCAACAACAUACCUCAUGUCUGGAAAUCCAAUACCAAACCUGCUCUCACUCCGCGGAGCGAGAGGUGGCCGGGUUGGUCGCGGGCGCGGAAGAGGUCCCGGCGGCGGCCCCUCAUUCUCGGGCCCGACUCACGAUCAGACGAUUCAAGGAACUGACGAUGACGCUGCCGGCUCACGUUUGAGUUCUGUCAAUGUGGGAUAUCUCGCCGACCCAUACGCACACUUCUUUGUCGAUAACAUCAAUGGACCCCCUCCAAGGAGACUCCCAAUCAUCAAUCGAGGCACUUAUACGAGGACCACUGCUCUCGAUAAUCUCAUUGACAGCUUCUUGGACGAGUCUGACAGUGCGCAACCCGGUUCAAAUGAGAGACAAAUUAUUUCACUAGGCGCUGGCACCGACACACGCCCAUUCCGUCUCUUUCCCAGGGCAAAAAGGCCUCAGCUGGUCUACCAUGAGAUAGACUUCUCAGUCACAGUUCGCAAGAAGGCACGUAUAGUGCAAGCAGCCCCUCCAUUGCGAAACAUCCUCGGAGUCCCCUCGGUCGAGGAAGACGGUUCAUGGGGCUGUCAGCCAUCUGCGUCAGACAAAUACUAUUGUCAUGCACGGGAUCUCCGAGAAAUGGUGCAAGACGGCGCAACACCUCUUGCGGGUAUCAGAACAGACAUUCCUACUCUACUCAUCUCAGAAUGCUGCCUCUGCUACCUAGAGACAUCUAUAACGAAGCAAGUCGUAUCUUUGUUUGAGCAAAAGAUUCCGAAUAUCGCCAUUGUGGUGUACGAACCAAUCAGGCCUGACGACCCUUUCGGCAAAAUGAUGACCUCCAACCUCGCAGCAAGGAGAAUACGCAUGCCUACUCUGGAGAAUUACAAGCUGCCGCAGGAUCAGACGCAGCGUCUCCGCGAUGCAGGCUUCGAACAUGCCAAGGCGCUGACCGUGGAACGGAUUUGGGAAAGCUGGGUGCCAAGUGAGGAAAAGGAGAGAGUGGACCGUUUAGAGGGCCUCGACGAAGUGGAGGAGUGGAAGCUGUUGGCUGACCACUACGUUAUCGCAUGGGGAUGGAGAGGCGCCGGAUUUACGAUGGGAAAUGCCGACGGGGAGUUGAACCUCUCCCAUGUCGUCUCUUCCGAGUUGGUCGCUGUAAAAGCAGAGCUCACCUACUUUGACGGUUUAACCCAACUAUCUCGGCCAACACCUUCCCAGCCCGGCGUCUUUUCCGUUCCCGCGUCGGUUGGAAGCCGGCCCACGGCUUCCGACUUCCUGAUUGUCGUUGCAAACAAUGCAAGUGAGCCAACCUCGCCCGAGGAGGUGCUUUUUCCCUCAUCCAACACGUUUCUGUCUUCUUGCUUCUGUUUCGACUGCGAUAUCUACCGAGCGACUGAAGCGACAAUGGCCGCGAGAAUACUGGACAUACUUCCGGCUGAGACUCUCAUCAGCAUCGCGGGGCAUCUCGACGGCAUUGCCGGACCGGAUUUGUCCUCCUUUUCCCUCACCAACAAAGCCUUUCAUACAGCCGCCGCUUGCUUCUUGUUCCGCGACAUCCACAUCCUCGUCAAGCAUCCUCGGAGACUACAGCGCGAUGUCGAUUCCUGGCUCGCAAUUCUGGGACGCACAAACUCCGCCAGGCAUGUCAGGCGCCUGAAGAUGACCUUCCUGGACAAGUCGCUCCCUCACAGUGAUCUCUACUCGCCUGAUCGACACAUGAUACUACCGGUUCCAAAGGAAACCUCGCUCGAUUUCAAGCAUAGGUCGCCCGAGAACCGACGCCUCCGCGAUGCCUUUGUCGAUCCCGAAGCGUGGACUCCCAUGAUCAGACUGCUCGAAGCCCUGCCCGGACUGACCAACAUGGUCAUUGAACAUGAGAGCAGCUUUUCGCCUCUUCUCCUCGAAACCAUUCGCACGCAUCACCCAAGUUGUCGGCUAGAACUCAAUGGUUUCGAUCUUCACUGCAGCGAAGGCGCUGCGAUCAAUGCGCAUGAUGUUGCACUUCUACUUGCACCCCAAUUGCAUAGCAUCUCUAUGAAAGAGUAUUACCAGACGUCCAUUGCACAUACAAACGAAUCGGUUAUGCUACGUCUCAUCGGAGGCCUAUCACCGAAUCUCAAGACAGUAAAGCUGGAACCAUUCUUCGGAGGCAGACAUAAGCGAAAAUACGACGCAGAUUUCGAGAAUGAGUUGCAAGCGUUGAUCGCGCAAAUACUCGACCACAGUCUCAUACCUGGAAAGGAUCUGUCAAGGAUUUUGAAGUCACCUGAGCUUGGUUCACUGCGUUCUCUGACACUACAGAAAACCAAUCCCGAUAGGCUCAUGGCGUGGUUCAGGGCAACGGACUUCGCGGCACUGCGUCAUCUGAGAUUGACCGCAAGUCCUGGAGAGUUACCAUGGCUUACAACGCAUGCCAGAUUCCACAAACUCGAAAGUCUAGAGUUAAACUACAAUGAAGUUGUCGUUGACCCCCGACCUGCUUGGGAGGGGGUCGCGAACCGUGGAGACGUCGCUGUUGAGUUCCUAGCCAUCAUGCCAGCCUUAACAUCCCUCUCGCUCGAGGGCAGAGUACCUUCACCAGCCGUCCAGUUUGCGUUGUCCAAAUUUGGAGGAUGCCUGCGCAAACUAAGCAUUCGGCCCUCCUACGGCUCUCAUUCUAUGCAGGAGUAUCCCAGAAUCGCGCCGCAGGACUUAUGCGUGCUGUCUAAGACAUGCAUGAGGGUGCAGGAUCUGACGGUCACGAUCACUGUACCUACGUUCCAAAUAAGCUCACCAGAGAUGAUAGAGGCAAGUGAGUCUCUUGGGCGGAUGCGGAGCCUCCGAAAUCUCUACCUGACACUUCGACAUUCUGAACUUGAAGUGCGGGCUGGAGAUGGCGGGUGCAGACGAAGAGCUCGUGCGUAUCAGAGAAAACACGGAACGACGAAAGAGGCAGAUGCGGCGGGGGUGACACCCGCGGAGGUUGCCAAGUCGAUCUGGGAGACAAUAUGUGGACAAGGCUGCCGCUUGGAGUUACUUCAGCUUGACACUAUAGGUGACUGGGGUGGCACACGCAAGUCUGACCGUGUUCAUCAGAUUCGUAGAGUCGGAGCCAUGGGUGAAGGUUUGGUGGAGACCGCCUUAGGCAGAGUUCAUCUGAGACUCGACAUGAAAGUGCGGAUAUCGACAUAUUUGCCAAUUUUCGACAUUGGUGUCUGUCACUCAACGCCUCUACAAUGCGAAACUGACUUAUCAUUGAAUGAGCACUACUUCAUCGGAAUCGUCCUCGUACCAGGACUGAGUUCAACAAGAAACAUCACUUCCGAUAGACACUUGACGCAAAAGGUUUUCAAUGAUCGUACCAAGGCACGGGAGAAGCUCGUUGCUGACCUUUUGACGGGCGGGGAACUCCCGUCCACCAACCCAUCACCAUAA